CGGGGGGGCGGGCGCGGCGCGCCCCCUCCCUCGCGCGCUCGCUCCCUCCCCCGCGCGCCCUCCCUCGCCGCCUCCUCCCGCCGCCUCCGGCCCCCCCUCGCCGGGGACCGAGCGCGCUCGCUCCGGCGCCGGCCUCGCCUCCUCGCAGCAGCGCCAUGGAUGAGUUCCACCCGUUCAUCGAGGCGCUGCUGCCUCACGUCCGCGCCUUCGCCUACACCUGGUUCAACCUGCAGGCGCGGAAGCGCAAAUACUUCAAGAAGCAUGAGAAGCGGAUGUCGAAGGACGAGGAGCGCGCGGUGAAGGACGAGCUGCUGGGCGAGAAGGCCGAGGUGAAGCAGAAGUGGGCAUCCCGGCUGCUGGCCAAGCUGCGCAAAGACAUCCGGCCCGAGUGCCGCGAGGACUUCGUGCUGGCCAUCACCGGCAAGAAGGCGCCGGGCUGCGUGCUCUCCAACCCCGACCAGAAGGGCAAGAUGCGCCGCAUCGACUGCCUGCGCCAGGCCGACAAGGUGUGGCGGCUGGACCUGGUCAUGGUCAUCCUCUUCAAGGGCAUCCCGCUGGAGAGCACCGACGGCGAGCGCCUGGUCAAGGCGGCGCAGUGCGGCCACCCGGUGCUCUGCGUGCAGCCGCAUCACAUCGGCGUGGCGGUCAAGGAGCUCGACCUCUACCUGGCCUACUUCGUGCGCGAGCGAGACGCAGAGCAGAGCGGCAGUCCCCGGGCAGGGAUGGGCUCGGACCAGGAGGACAGCAAGCCCAUCACACUGGACACCACCGACUUCCAGGAGAGCUUUGUCACCUCCGGUGUGUUCAGUGUCACCGAGCUCAUCCAAGUGUCCCGGACACCCGUGGUGACUGGAACAGGACCCAACUUCUCCCUGGGCGAGCUGCAGGGACACCUGGCCUACGAUCUGAAUCCAGCCAGCACAGGCAUGAGAAGAACGCUGCCCAGCACUUCCUCCAGCGGGAGCAAGCGGCACAAAUCGGGCUCGAUGGAGGAAGACGUGGACACGAGCCCCGGCGGCGAUUACUACACCUCGCCCAGCUCUCCCACGAGUAGCAGCCGCAACUGGACUGAGGACAUGGAAGGAGGUAUCUCGUCCCCGGUGAAGAAGACAGAGAUGGACAAGUCACCUUUCCACAGCCCGUCUCCCCAGGACUCACCUCGCCUCUCCAGCUUCACGCAGCACCACCGGCCUGUCAUUGCCGUGCACAGCGGGAUUGCCCGGAGCCCUCACCCCUCCUCGGCGCUGCACUUCCCCACCACGUCCAUCCUGCCCCAGACGGCCUCCACCUACUUCCCGCACACGGCCAUCCGCUACCCGCCUCACCUCAACCCCCAGGACCCGCUCAAAGAUCUCGUGUCGCUGGCCUGUGACCCUGCCAGCCAGCAGCCUGGACCGUUAAAUGGAAGUGGUCAGCUCAAAAUGUCCAGUCACUGCCUUUCCGCUCAGAUGCUGGCACCCCCGCCCCCUGGGCUGCCGCGGCUGGCGCUCCCCCCUGCCACCAAACCCACCUCCGAGGGAGGAAGCACGUCGCCGACCUCGCCCUCCUACUCUACGCCCGGCACGUCCCCUGCAAACCGUUCCUUUGUGGGAUUAGGACCAAGGGAUCCAGCGGGCAUUUAUCAGGCACAGUCCUGGUAUCUGGGAUAAGAAAGAUUUCGUCCCACGCCCUGCUCCUUCGUCGCGGGAAUCCCAGGGGGUCGCCCAGCCGGCCCCCGGCCCACGUUUUCGGUGGAAAGUUAGAGCGAGCAAGAACACCCCGCCGACUCCCAGCCUGGCCGAAAAGACAAAACAGACACAUACACACAGGAGGGAAACAAGCAAAAAGAGAAAAGAAAAAAAAAAGGCAAAAAAAAAAGAAAAAAAAAAGACAAACGGAAAAAAAAAAAAAAACCACCAUAAAAACAAACCCACCCAACCAAGAAGACAAAAGGUAAAGACGGCAGCCCCCAGUCUGUGGGGUCGCCGGCCGGACCAGAGGCCAGGCCCCGCCACCGCUCCGAGGCCGCGCGAGGGUCAGGGCGCCGUCCUGUUACUCAUCUCUGGCUGCUGCUCUGGAAGGGCAGGCGCCCGCUCCCCGCCUCCACCCAGGACCAGGUGAGCGCGGCCCGGUGCCCCUGCCCGGGCCUCACGGGGCAGGACGCCCAGCACGGCCACCUCUCCCUGGGUCCCCACUGCCGGGAUGUCAGCCAGGCCUCCGCCACGGUGUCCACCGUGCGGGGAGGCAGGUGCCGUGGGGACGGUGGGGGGGCCUGGCGAGGACAGCCAAGGCCGCCGCCGCUGGAGGCCCGAGUGGGCAGGGAAGCGACGAGGGCAGAAGAGGGUUGUGGGGAGACCCUGGGUGUCGCCAGGGGGACUGGGACGCGUGGCAGGAACUUUCUCAGGAGCGUCCUGCGGUCGCGGGACCUCCGCCUGCCCCAAAGCGUGCGCGCUCGGCUGGGCUUGCUCGGGACUCGGUCUUUCCGCCCCAUGCCUGCCCUGUUUGGGAGGAGAAGUCUCUAUGCAAUUGACCCCCCAGCUCCACCCCGCGGCACAGGAGGCCACCCCACACCGCACCCCGCUGGCCCUGCUCCACACCCCACCCCGGGGAGGGACCCACGUUGCACACACUGUAAGAAAUGCACUUUCCGAGGAAGGGGCUUGGGGGGUGGAGAGACUCGGAGCUCCCCAGGUGGGGACAGCUGCCCGAGCCUCCGUCCCGCGCCCUGGGAGGGGAGGACCCCCCCCGCUGAAGCCCACGGAGGUGGGAGGUGAGAGCGAGUGGUUUAAGUGCCUGAUUCCCACCGCCCGCCCCCCUUUGUCCAGCUGGAAUGGGAAGUGGCCGCGGGCCCCUUCCAUUCCCUCCCACAACCCGGCCACCUCCAGUCGCCGACCCUCAUUGCUGUGCUCCCCUCAGAGCUAGAGAGAUGGGAACACCCCCCCACCUGCAGUUGGCCCAAGGGGCAGAGCUGGGCUCCCUCGGACCCUGCUGCGCUCGGGCACAGGGGUGGGAUCUGGGGAAGCCAGCAGGCCCUCCCUCGUCUCCUCUGCCAGUGCCUUACAUCCUGGAGCGGCACCCCCUCCCUGGUGCUUCCCAGCCCAAAGGGGGACCACGGUUUGCACUUUCAUCUUCCCCCGCCGAAGUGGGGCGCAGCCAGGGAGGUGCAUCGCAGCUGGGCCCCCACCAGGAAAGAAGGCCGGGCGGCCGUGUCCGUGCACUCCCGGAUGAGGGCUGGGGGGGGGUUCUGGCCGGGGGAGGGGGGGGUUGGCGCCUUGGGGUGUCCCCUGUGGCCAUGUGGGGGACCUCCCGUCUGCUAAAUGUUUUCCGUUGAGCCGCUCCAAAAACACUAAGCUGGGGACACCGGGUGCCCCCCAACCCCGGCUCCCUGGCCCCAUCCCCACCCCCACCCCAGGAUGGCCAUCUUGGGUGGGGGCCCUGGGAGGGGGUGUUAGGUGUUCUAGGGUCACCAGGCCCGAACACAAGGACUCCUCCCAUCCCAUCCAUCUGAGUCCCAACUGGCCUCCUCCACGCCUGGCCCUGGGGAAGACCUUCCCCACCGCGACCCCCCAACCCCCAGCCUGGGCCAAAGCCAUCGCCCUGGGCUGGGCCUCCGCCUCAUCUGCUCUCAGCCUGGCCCUCCUGACCCUCUCCCGGUGCCCCAGGCCUGGCCAGCCUCCUCCCAUCUCCCCAGAAACUGGACUUUCCUCCCAAACCAGCCCCAGAGAGGGUUGGCAAACCCACUCAACCGUAUAGAGAAAGACCCUUCCCCACCAACCCCCCUCCCACUGUCCAGAGGCAUUCAAGAACCCUUGGUCCGUCCGUCUGUCCCCAAGGCCCCCCUCCACUGGGUGGCCGUUGGGGAGCAAAGCCUGGGCCGCUCUCCGGGAGGGCAGGAGGGGGGUGGAUCGUGCAGGUGGGGUAUCCGGAAGCUUCUCAGCCAUGGAACCUUAGGGUGUGGGUAGGCGGGGUAGGGGAGGGGCACCUGGCAGCCCCCAGCUACCUAACUUUGCAUGGUGCUUAGUCGGGGAUUCCUGUGACCUGGCUCCUGUUGUCAGCUCGCCGCGGCUGAUACUGCAUGGCAAAUUAUACCUGGCUCUAUCCCCCUCUCCCAGCCCUCCCCGAACCCUCCGACACUACCCCCUCCUCUUUAAAAAAAAAAAAAAAAAGAUACAAAAAAAAAACCCUUAAAAAAACUCCAUGUUUCCUAAUUUGCACGAAAUUUUCUACCACAUGAUGUGCCUUGCCUUCCGAAAAUAAGUAUUACCUUUAAACAAUAUCAGCGCACACAGUUAGCUGCAUGCACUGCUCGUGUAGUUAAAAAAAAAAAAAACAAAAAGACAAAACAAUGACAUGAAAUAAAAAAUAAAAAUUGAAGAGGGAUGUAUUUCUAUUUGUAAAAAAAAAAGAAAAGAAAAAAAAAGAAUUAAAAAAAAAAGAAAAAUCCCACGCUAGAAAAAGCAAUCCACAGAACAAUCGCCCCAUGGUCUGCCCCACGCCCACCCCCUGGCUCUGUCUCCACCUCCUGCUGCAGUGGGGGUGCGCCCUGGUGCUCUGCUGCCCCCAGCCCCACCCCUGCACUCCAGAAGGGUCACUUCCGAGGCCCCUGCCCACAGCGGCGGACAGACCUCAGGGGUGAGCCCUGCCCCCAGUGCAGGGGUUUGUCCUGCCACCAGGCCAGUGGUGUCCCCACGGGGUGGCCAUCCUGCCUACAGCCAGACCCCCACCCCACCUUUCCUGCAGGCUGGCGUCCCUCUGGCUCAGGAUCACAUUGCCGCUCCCCCCUCCCCAGGUUCCCCUCCAACCCUCCCCCAGGCCCCCCUUCCUUCUUGCCAAAGGAUUCGCCUCCACCCCCCCAUUCCCUGGAGACCGGCCUGGGACGGCACUCCCCUCCUGCCCCCUCUGUGCCGCCAGCACCCACUUCUGUCUUCCAGCUGUGACUGGGGGGGGGGUGUUAUCUGGGAUGAAACAAACAGAAAACAAGCCAAACCCAAUAUAUGCAAUAUCUGUCUGUCUGUCCCUGGAGACUGAGCACAGCCGCCGUAGGCCCAGCCGGCGCCCAUGGGCACAGGGACGGCCCAGGACGGGGACCCCUGGGCACAGGCCUCCAUCUGGUGGCUGCUCUCGCUGUUGUCUUGUCCUUGAUUUCAUGUUCCCUUUCUGUUUUUUUCUUUCUUUGUUGUUGGUUUGUUUUUGUUUUGUUUUGUUUUGUUUUUCCCAAUUUCCUUUGCUUUUGACUCGACCAAAGCUGAGACAGUAGCAGCCGGUUAGCGGGGUGUCAGAGGGCUGGAUUCUUCAAGCUCGGCCUCCCACUCAUCUCCUGUGGGGACAGGGCAGACAGGGCAGACGGUUGCCCCCCAGAGCAGGGAGGAACCUCACAGGCCACCCGGCUUCCAUCCACAUCCCACGCUCAUCCCAUGUCUUUUAAAAAGAUGCCUCAGCACGUCCCAGGGGGCAGGUCGCUGCCCCUGAGAACUGUCCGAGAGCCCAAGGCCCUGCCUGUCAGUUUCCAUGGGGCAGAUUUCUGGGUUUUAUUCUCUUCCCCCCAGAAUUGGGGAGCAGCCUACCCGGGACCCCUCCCCGAGGGCUUGGGGGGACCACGUGGUCUGCCCACAGCCCGCCGCCCCCAGCUGUGCGCUGCUGCUGCUGAGUAGGUAGUGCCAUCCUAGGCUCGUCCACUCCCCCUGGAGGAAAGGCCACAGGCAGAAUUUGGCGGAAACAGCAGGAUCCAGACCCCUUCCCCACGUCUGCGGUUUGGGCUCCAGGUGGGGCACAGGGUGUCCCGUUGUUUUUUACUGGCAUGAAACUAACUUGUUCUCAAACCCCCUCCCCUCCCGCCUGCUGCCACCCGCCAUCCAUCAUUGUCCUUCCCCAUGGGAGGCCCCCCUCCCAUCCUGAGCCUGGGUGCCCCCACCCCCACCCCAUGCUGUAGAAGAGAACGGGGAGGCUUCCCAGAUAUAUGCAAGUUGCCCUCCCUCCUCUCUUGGACGAGGGCGUGGGAUGACUAGGGUGGAAAAGGAGGUGCAGAGGGGCAGGAAGACCUGGCCCUGUCCACCGAGAAGGGGGUCAGGGAUCCCCAGGCCUGGAUUCGCAGCUCAGCCUCCUGCCAAGUUCCGAGCUCAGACCCAUCCCCGCCCUGAGCUAGACAAUCAGACCCAAGAGGAACCCCGAAGGCGACCUGGGGGGUGGCUGCACCCCCCAAGCAGCAGACAAUUCCAGCCUCAGCCCCACACGUCCCCCAUCUCUGCUCUGGAACCUGCUGUCUGUCCCCAGGGACAGCAGCCAGUGAGGAGCCUGGGCUAGGAGGAACUCCAGCCCCCCUGCAAGAUGCAGCUUGAGGACCCUCUCCCCACUCUGACUUCUCCCACGGUACUUUGACCUCCAACGUAGGGCUAUACUAUAUACACACAGACACACACACACACAUACAUAUAUACACACAUAUAUAUAUAUAUAAUUUUGGAGUUUUUCUCAUAAUACAGGUUAUACAGUGGCUACUUUUUUAUUUUGACCUGGAUUCCCUCUCUGAGACCCUGGUUUCUACUUUCUUUUUGGAGGGUGUUGGCAGAGAGGUUCCAGAGAUCCAUCCUCAAAUCCGGCUUCCUCCGCAUCCUCCCAUCUUUCCCCGUUUCUGCCCCUUUGGACACCUGAGAGUCCCACCUUAAACUGACAGCCUCCCCCAUUCAUCCAUCCAUCCCUAAGUGUUUCAGAGUGCAUGGGGCCCCCGGCGCUGGCCCACCCCCCAACACACCCCCCUCCAGGUGAGGCAGGGAGACAGACCCAAAGCUGUACCAGCGGGACUUGUUGCCAGCGAUACCAAAACAGACUUUUCCCAAGCAGUGCCUCCACACGUCUGCUGGUGUGGCUUUGGGGUUCUCCUCCCCUAUUCCCCAGGCCCCCCCCAGGCCUCAGGAAAGAGAAGGUGGGAUCUAACAGGAGUCAGGGCUCAGAGAGGAAGUCAUGCACCCCCAAGCUGCUGCCCUCCCCACGGCCCUCCAUUCACACCUCCUGGCCAGAAGGGAACCCACGGAAGGGGAAUGGGAGCUAUCCCAGCCCCCUCCUGUUGGAAACCCCAAAAGUCCAUUCCCCAAAUGCAUCAACACCCCGUCCUCCCAUCUUGGGUCCCAGCCAGGCCUCCAAAACCAAAGUCCCUUCAAAUCCGGGGGUCCUGGCCUCUGCCCCCAGCUUCCUGCCCUCCUACCCCCAGGACCCUACAUGGGGGAAGAGGAGAGAGUCUGAGGGAUGGAGCCCAGUGCAGGGGGCAGCCAGGAGGAAGGAGAGAGACCCACUUGACUCUUGAGUUUCUUUUCUCUUUCCUUUUUUCCUUCCUUCCUUCCUUCCUUCCUUCCUUCCUUCCUUCCUUCCUUCCUUCCUUCCUUCCUUCCUUCCAAAAACUUUUUGGUGAUGUUGCUCUUCAUUUUCUUUUCCCUCCAAGAUAUUUUUUGAGGUCCCCCUCUAUUUUGUAUUUUACUAAUAUUACCAGAAUAGUUUACUCUGUCUCUUGCUUCCUGCUUGCCACGCACACCGGAUCACACACACAUACACACACAUACACCCAUGCUCAUGAACCCAGGUUGGGAGAAGGCCUAGGCUGGGUCUGCUGCCCACGCCCUCCCCCUUCCCCCUCCGGGACAGGGACAGGGGACAUGUGGUAGACCAGCCGGACUCCUCCCUUGCCCGGCUCGCCCGCCUACCCCCCUCACAGCAUACUCUGGUCAUAACCUUGUAUAUUAUGCAGUCAUUUCGGUUUUUGCAGAUGCGCCUACCAUUUACAGAAAAGUGACUCUGGCUGUUAUUAUUUUGUUUGUUUGUUUCCCUAUGCAAAAAAAGAAAAAAAGAAAAAAAUGAAACAAGGGGGGGUUCCAUACAAGAUUCAAUAAAAAGCAAAAAAAAAAAAAAAAGACAAAAGAAGGAAGAAAAAAUGUAUAAAAAUUAAACAAGCUAUGCUUCGACUCUC